UCAGAACCAACAACCACAACUGUUUUAACAUCUACAGCUGAACCAACAACCACAACUGUUUUAACAUCUACGGCUGAACCAACAACCACAACGGUUUUAACAUCUACAACAGAACAAUCAACUACAUCUGAACGAAGCACAACAACACAGACAGCAACAACAUCCCUACCUACAACAAGUACAGCUCAAUCUACAACCCUGGUUACAACAACCUCACCUACAAUUACAUCUCAGCUUACAACUACUGCCCCUCCUACAGAAACAACAACACAACUUACAUCUACGGCUGAACCAACAACCACAACCAAAGCUCAAUCACCAACAACCCCAGACACAACCCAGACAGUUUUUGUUAGUUUUUCCAGCAGUGACAAUUUUGUCUCUGAUCUGUCAAAUCCAGCUUCAGAAGCAUAUAAAAACAGAGAAAAGAAAGUCAAAGAUACGUUGACACCACUCUUUACAAAAGAAUUGCCCUCCUUCAAAGGACUGGCAGUUAUUCGGUUCCGUCCGGGGUCAAUCAUCACUGAUGUGAAUGUGACAUUUGGAACCUUACCCAGUGAUGCGAAGAUCGAAAACACUAUUAUGGAAGCUAACGCCACUCUUAAUAUCACCAGUGUAACACUAACGAAGCCCUUCACCACAACUACCAGUUCCACUACAACUACAACCACACCUACAACAACAGCAGCAGCAACGGCAACAACCACCACAACAUCUACAGCCAAUCCUAAUACAACAACCACCACAACAUCUACAGCCAAUCCUAAUACAACAGCAACCACAACCACAACAAAAGCACCAGCACGACCUCAGCCAACUGUUGAGAUACAGAUUGUCAUUAUAGUGGUGUUUGUUCCAGCACUGUCAAACCCUCAAACUCCAGAAUUUAAAAGCCUUGCCACAAAAGUAGAGACUAUGUUUGAUGAAAUCUAUAAGAAAAAGUUUGGGCCUCGUUUCAUCAGGACCAUCGUGAUUGCUUUCAUAGCUUUUUUCAGGACCCGGGAAGAAUCAAACGUACAGGCAGAGGUUAAGUUAGUGUUUAGCGAAGAGUCCACUGAACCGAUCCCCAGCAACACCGACAUUGUGGAGACUCUAAAAGAAGCAGCGGCUAAUUCAACUGCGGGCUUCAACCUCACCAUUGAUGCCACCUCUAUUACUGUCAUUAAAUCAGUGCAGAUAAUUCCGCUGACAAUCCUCACCAACGGAAACUUUGUGGCUGCUCUUUCAAAUAAAAGUUCUACUGAAUUUCAGAACAGGGCUUCGCUGAUAAAAACAGGACUUGAACCUUUCUUCCUGGCUGAUUACCCUACAUCAUUCAGCACCAUAUCCGUAACAGACUUCAGUGAUGCCGGUGUAAAAUUAAGGAGUGUGCCCAAGAUCCGAAACAGCAUGGAUGUUGUAUUCGGAGCGGACGCCGUUCUACCCAAUAGCACCCAGAUAGUGAACACUGUAGUUCGAGCAGCCAGAAACAACACGCUACCCUUCCAGAUCUUCACUUCUUCAAUUAUAAUAAAUGGAACAGAAUUUUCAUCAGGUGAAGUCAGCAGCAGGAUCAGUAUGUUGACCGCUUCAUUCCUGGUUGCGGUGUCACUUCUGGUUCCAUGGUUUAUCUGACCUUAACCACUCAUACCAAGAUAACUGAUUCAGACGGGUCUGAAUCUUCCCUUUCACGUCGGAUCAAAUUAAGGACUCAACUUAAGGAUAAAUGUAGCUACUGAUGCUACUUAAUGAGUAGCAAUGAAAGUAAAAAAUUAAAUUAUUCUAUUCUGAGCACUUUAAACUAGAUCUAAGCUAUAGUGGAUUUAUAGUUUAUCUGUAUGUACCUGUAUCUGUAUGUAAACAAUCAGUAUUGUAUAAAGCACUAUAUAAAUAAAGGCAAAUAUAAAUAUAUAUAAA